GGAAAAGUCAGAGUCCGAGUCCGAGUCGAGAGGCGCUGCAGUCGGCCACUUUCUGCGUCGUCGCGGCUCCGGAUGGCUGCUUAACCACAGAGAAGUCCCUCUUCGUUCUCAUUGAUGCGAUAAAAGCGGAUAUUUCUCAUCUAUUCUGGAAUCUUACUGAGGAGCAGCAAAAUGAAAUAUAAAAACCUCAUGGCCAAAGCAUUGUACGACAACAUGCCUGAGUCCCCAGAGGAGCUGGCCUUUCGGAAAGGGGAAAUCCUGACCGUCAUUGAACAGAACACCGGCGGGUUGGAGGGCUGGUGGCUCUGCUCUCUGCAUGGCCGCCAAGGCAUUGCCCCCGGCAACCGCCUCAAGCUGCUCAUUGGGCCCAAGUUCGAGGCCCAGUCGCCGGUCGCCGCCGCUGCCCAGUUGCCCCACCAGAGCUCGGGCUUCCAGCAGAAGGCCAGCUCGGGGGCCCAGGGGCUGUACCAGGUGCCACCUUCCCCGCAGAGUCCACAGCAGCAGAUCCAGCAGGGCAUCUACCAGGUGCCCUCGGGUCAAGAUGUCUACCAAGUGCCGCCGAGGAGUACGCUAGCUGCCGAUAACACACCGAGCAAGGUGGUGACCCCCACCAGAGUGGGACAGACGUACACCUACAGCCCAGGCCAGCACAACCAGCAGGACCUCUAUGAUGUCCCACCCAGUAGAUCACAGGGGGUGUAUGAUGUUCCACCUGGUCAGAUGUUAGGAUCACCAUACCCUGGACAGCAUGGAGCUGCACGGAACCAAGAUAUCUACGACGUGCCCCCGUCUCAAGCGGAUCUCAGAACACAAGAACAAGACGUUUAUGACGUUCCUCCAUCCUCACAAGCGGUCUACUCGGUGCCACCCUGCAGAGCCAACCCUUCCCAGCAGGAAGGCACCUAUGAUUUCCCGCAACCUCUCAAACAGAUGCAGGAGGGCAUCUAUGACGUCCCGCCGCCCACCGUCACCAAGAACACACAGAACCCUCAGUCAGUUUAUGACAUCCCCCCCAGCAUGGAGCCCGCCGGCCAUCACCAACAACAGAACAGUAACGAGGGCAUCUACGACGUACCGCCGACCGCCCUUCUGUCAGUGUCACCUAACGACGUCUACGACAUCCCGAGGGGCAUGCAGCUCUCGCAGCACAGAAGCUUGCCCGCCGACCGAGACAAGGGCGUGUACGACGUCCCCGCCCAGGAUUCCCGAGCCGUGGCGGACGUGACCGAAGGCGUCAACCGCCUGUCGUUCUCCAGCACGGGCAGCACACGCAGCAGCAUGUCCACUUCCUCCUCCUCGACGGGAACCAGCUCAGAGGGCCGCUUGGCUCUGGAUGUGGACACCGCCGUCCAGAGGUUGUACCGUCUGCAGCAGGCAGUGGAGGUCUCGGUCGGGGCUUUGCAUUCCAUGGCAGCCUCCCCUCACUGGAGGACAUUUCCCUUCAUGGAGCGCCACGCCAACGACGUCCGCACAGUGCUGGACAGGGUCCGAGCAGGUCUGGGGGACUUUGUCGUAUUCGGAAAAGGGGCUGCGGCGAACGCCACGGCCCUUUCCGACUCCACCCUUCACAGCAAGCUGAGAAGGCAGCUGGGUCGCCUGGAGGACUCGCAACAGAUCCUUCUGCAGAUCUACCAAGUCUUGGAGAACAGCAGCUGGGCGCUGAACACGUUGGCCUCCUGCGCCGCCAGCAAGCAUCACAGCAAGAGCGACGAGCUGGACCGUUUCGUCAUGGUCUCCAGAACCGUGCCGGACGACGCCAAGCAGCUGGCCUCCACGAUAGGCAACAGCGCCGAGCUGCUGUUCAGACGGACGCACGUGGAGGGGUCCUUCUCCAGCGGGAGCACGCCCGACGACAACGUGAGCCACCCGCUCACGUCGCCUUCCUCGGACAGCGACACCUACGGGGGGCAGACCAAGCCUUUCCCGGUGCCCUCCAGCCAAGACAAGGACAACAUGAACAACAGUGAGAAGUGUGUUAAAAGCUGGAUGGAAGACUACGACUAUGUACAUCUGCAGGGCAAAGAAGACUUUGAGCGUCAACAGAAGGAGCUGCUGGAGAAAGAAAACAUCAUCAAGCAGAACCAAGCUCAGUUGGGCCAGGAGCAGAUCAACCAGUUCAAGAAGCUGGAGCAGGAGGUGAUCAAGCCCGUGGAGAACGACAUGUCGCAAUGGAUGCCUCACCAACACUCGGGCAGGACCCCUACCACCCAGACAGAGACGACACCGUCGCUGUCCGCCUCCACUCGCACGUGCACGCGGGAUCGCCAGCUUCUGGGUUUCUACUCGGAGCAGUGCGAGCAGCACUUCGUCACGCUGCUCAGCGCCGUGGACGCCUUCUUCAGCUGCCUGAGCUCCGGGCAGCCGCCCCGCAUCUUCGUAGCGCACAGCAAGUUCGUCAUCCUCAGCGCGCACAAAUUGGUGUUCAUCGGAGACACACUGUCCCGGCAGGCCACCACCCCCGAGGUGGCCAACAGGGUGAUGAACUCUAGUAACGUGUUGUGUGACUUAUUAAAAAUGGUGGUUGCGGCCACCAAGACGGCGGCGCUUAACUACCCCAACACGGCCGCCAUCCAGGAGAUGGUGGACAGAGUCACUGAUCUUUCACAUCACGCACAACAGUUCAAAGAACAGUUGCUUCAAAUGGCUAAAUGCUGAUUCUCUUUCCUCCAUUUGUUUGUGAUGCUGUAAAAAGUUUGUGUUUUGUAAAUAUUUGCUCUAUUUUUGUGUAGAUCGUUUUAUGUGGACAUUUUUCAUUCAACAUUCCAGUCAUAUAUUAUAAAGCACCUUAUGUUCGUUUCACCCGUAGAGUGUUGUUGAUGUGUCGUACUGCUGGAUGUGUGACAGUAGAUCUAAAAAUAUGCUAUUAUCCGUCUGUGUGUGUAUGUGUGUGUGUGGAAGGUGGAGGUUCUCCACAGAUAAAGCAAAGAUUUGUUCAUAACCAUGA